AUGACAUAUUACAUGGCGGCGGGCACAAGGUGGGGUAUUGGCUAUGCAAUGUGCCAAUUUUGGUUAUGCCUCGAUUUUAUGAUGUCAAAUGCUUCCGUACUGAAUUUGUUGCUUAUUUCGUUCGAUCGUUACUUCUCGGUCACUAGGCCGCUAACUUAUCGUCCAAGGAGGACAGCGAAGAAGGCAUUUAUGAUGAUUGCCAGUACUUACAUUGCCUCCGCGAUGCUCUGGCCGCCAUGGAUCAUUAGCUGGCCUUAUAUUGAAGGUUCUCCCGGUUUUUGA